CUGCUGUCGUCAACAAAGUACAAUGACGCAGAAUCCAACGACGCCGUUGAUGGUAUCCCUAAUAUGCGCGAAGCCUGCCUUGUGUUGACAGACGGAUCUGCCUCUACCAGACUUCGAGGCGAUGGUCAAGAUGAUUCGCCAUUUCCCUCUCGAAUGGCCCCAGCAGCAGACACAUGGGACAUUGAACACGCAUGUCUCAUCCUCGGACAUGUUUUCGAGUUCCUGCUCAUCGAGAUCUUGGUGUUGUGGGUUGUCGCUAUUCAGAUAUUAUUCAUGCAAAGAUUGAUGGACGAGGAAGAGCGCGACAUCUUGAUACUCACUCUGCUCUUGUCUUUCGUGCAUCUUCAUGGGGCCAUGUGGAUCGAGAGACCGUGGGAACACGAUACAAUCUUCUUCCUCAAAUCCGCUCUGCAAGACCCUAUGGACCUGCACCACCCCUUUAUAAGGAGUCACUGUCUUCAGCGCUGGGCCAUGCGAGAGAAGGGGAAUCUCUCUCGUACUGCCUUGGCCGCUUCCAUGACCGCACCGCCGACCUGCGCGAUUUGGCGUCUAGACACGGUGUUGUCCUUGGCUGUGGAGUCGCACUACUCUCAGAGAGAAUGCCGAAGGAAACACCAGCGUUGAAAUUAUGGGAAGGACUGGUUAUCAGUAUCGACAGGCCUCGCGGGUUUUACACUUCAGAAUCGCCGAGGACCGCAAUAAACACCCUGAUAGAUUACAUCCGUUCAAUAUAAAAACUCAGGAGACUGGGGCAAAGUACUACGACUCUUAUGUAUAGAACAGCAUAUUGUUCGUCUCAGG